UUGGCAGCCUGAUCAAUGCGCUUGCCGGAAUUCGACAGGACCAGAGCAGGGGAUCCUUCAUCACAUCUUUCUGGUAACGAAGAGAGUCAGAAGCCAUAUAAACACAAGGGAAAAGAAAACAUGGAGCUUGACAAUAGAAGUGUUCAAUAUGAUGAGGAAUAUAUCUUGAAUUCUCGAGGUUUAAAGCUAUUUACAUGCAAAUGGAUUCCAGUGAAUGAAGAACCCAAAGGUUUAAUCUUCAUCUGCCAUGGUUAUGCCCUGGAGUGCAGCAUCACCAUGAGCUCUACAGCAAAUCGGUUGGUGAAAGCAGGAUUUGCAGUUUAUGGAAUAGAUUAUGAAGGGCAUGGGAAGUCAUCUGGUUUGCAAGGCUAUAUCUCAAGUUUUAACAAUGUUGUUGAUGAUUGCUCCAAUUUUUUCACUCAAAUAUGUGAGAAAAAAGAGAACAAAAGGAAGAUGAGAAUUUUGCUAGGGGAAUCACUGGGAGGAGCAGUGUUGUUGCUGAUACAUAGGAAAAUGCCAGACUAUUGGGAUGGGGCAAUCCUUGCUGCCCCCAUGUGUAAGAUUGCAGAUGAAAUGAAGCCACAUCCUUUAGUGAUAAAUGUUUUGAAAAAGCUUUGCAAUUUUAUUCCAACUUGGAGAAUAAUUCCAAGUCCAGAUGUCAUUGAUACUGGCUGCAAAUUGCCUGAGAUAAGGGCACAGAUUAGAGCAAAUCCGUAUUGCUACAAAGGUCGUCCUCGUUUAAAUACAGGCCUGGAACUUCUAAACAUGAGCAUUGAGGUUGAACAAAGGCUUAAUAAGGUUUCAUUACCAUUUAUAAUUCUUCAAGGAGAAGAUGAUAAAGUAACAGAUAAAACUGUAAGCCAACAACUGUACGAUGUGGCAUCGAAUUCAGACAAGACAUUGAAGCUAUAUCCUGGAAUGUGGCAUGGCUUGUUAUAUGGUGAAACACCAGAGAACACUGAAAUUGUGUUUUCAGACAUUAUCGACUGGUUAAACCAGAGGUUUGAAUUAAGAAAUUCAAGGUUAGAGAGGGAAUUGAAGCAUCAAAAUGAUGAGAUUUUUAUUUCCAAAGACAUUUUCUAAGCACACUCAAAACCUAUCGUAUAUCUAAAUCAAUGUAAUAAUGGCAUCCAAUUUAUCACAAAUUAUAAUAUAAUAAAUGCAAUUGCAACCAUUAUAAUUAUCUGUAUCACAAUUAUAAUAUAAUAAAUGAAAAUUUGGUGCUCAAAA